CUUACGGAGUUCGUAAGCCGUAUUUUAUACCGAGUAAUUAUACAAGGGACAAAUUAUCAAAUUUUCGAAACAAAUUAAGGACUACGGAGUACAAUUUGACUCGACGUCUGAGCAAGAAAGCGAAAAAGAGUCCUUCAAAUCCAACAACUACGACGAGCGAAGCUUGAAGAUUCUUUCUUCCUUCAUCGUCUUCACAAUCUAAACCCUUCUCUAUUGAACUGCUUUGGUCGAUCGGAGGCAUGGCCACUGCUGGAAACAAGAACAUAAACGCCAAGCUCGUGUUCCUUGGAGAUGUUGGAGCUGGAAAAUCUAGCUUGGUAUUGCGUUUUGUUAAAGGGCAAUUCAUCGAAUUCCAGGAAUCUACAAUAGGGGCGGCAUUUUUCUCGCAAACUGUGGCAGUCGAUGAUGCGACAGUGAAAUUUGAAAUAUGGGACACGGCUGGCCAAGAGAGAUACCAUAGCUUAGCUCCAAUGUACUAUAGAGGAGCUGCAGCCGCUGUUGUUGUGUAUGAUAUAACAAACCCAGCAUCCUUUGAACGAGCUAAAAAAUGGGUCCAGGAACUUCAGGCACAAGGUAAUCUGAACAUGGUUAUGGCACUUGCUGGGAAUAAAGCUGACCUGUUAGAAGCAAGAAAGGUGGCAACAGAGGAAGCACAACAAUAUGCCAGGGAAAAUGACCUUUUCUUUAUUGAGACAUCUGCAAGAACUGCAACCAAUGUCAAUGACAUUUUCUAUGAGAUAGCCAAGAGAUUGCCUCGUCUGCAACCUGCUGCAAAUCCGGCAGGCAUGGUUCUCAUGGACAGAUCGACUGCUGCUCAAAGAAAUGCCACAUCUGCUGCCUCCUCUUGCUGCACGUAACCCUGCCUGCCUUUACAUGCACCGCGGAGAAAGAAAAGAAUUGCACGCCGCUCCUGUAUUUAUUGUUUCA